UUAAUGGAAGUGGUGAGUUUAAGGGCAAUGGAGGUGGUAUGCUAAAUAGAGCUGGUAUGACAAAUGGAGGUGGUAUGGCAAUUGGAGGUGGUAUGACAAAUGGAGGUGGUAUGCCAAAUGGAGAUGGUAUGCCAAAUGGAGGUGGUAUGCCAAAUGGAGGUGGUAUGCCAAAUGGAGAUGGUAUACCAAAUGGAGGUGGUAUGCCAAAUGGAGAUGGUAUGCCAAAUGGAGGUGGUAUGCCAAAUGGAGGUGGUAUGACAAAUGGAGGUGGUAUGACAAAUGGAGGUGGUAUGCCAAAUGGAGGUGGUAUGCCAAAUGGAGGUGGUAUGCCAAAUGGAGGUGGUAUGCCAAAUGGAGGUGGUAUGCCAAAUGGAGAUGGUAUGCCAAAUGGAGGUGGUAUGCCAAAUGGAGGUGGUAUGCCAAAUGGAGGUGGUAUUCCAAAUGGAGGUGGUAUGCCAAAUGGAGGUGGUAUGCCAAAUGGAGGUGGAAUUCCAAAUGGAGGUGGUAUUCCAAAUGGAGGUGGUAUGCCAAAUGGAGGUGGUAUGCCAAAUGGAGGUGGUAUGCCAAAUGGAGGUGGUAUGACAAAUGGAGUUGGUAUGCCAAAUGGAGAUGGUAUACCAAAUGGAGAUGGUAUGCCAAAUGGAGGUGGUAUGACAAAUGGAGGUGGUAUGACACCACAACCAAAUGGAGGUGAUGUAACAACACCUCCAACGCAACCAACUGCAGAUGGUGUGACAUCACAACCAACUGAAGGUGGUGGACCAUCGCAACCAACUGAAGGUGGUCAGCCACAUAUGAAAUGGAGAUUAAGAUCUGGUAGAAGAUGGGUUCGUGAUCCUGACAGUUGGGAUUUCAGUUCCGAUAGCUCUGAUGGUACAUGGAGGUCAAACACAGUACGCGGUGGUCGGAGUUCUAGUAGAUGGGGAAGUGACAAUGGUUGGGAUAGUGAUAGUGACGAAUAUCAUCCAGCUAGAAAUAACAUGAACAAAGUGGCAUCAAGAUUUGGAUAUGAUUCUGAUAGAGAUGACAGUGAUUGGUAUAGUGAUCGAUGGGAUAGUGACUCGGACGGUAGAUUUACAAUAAGAAAAUCAGCGAUGAUAUCUAUGGCACCUAAACAUCCGGUUGGAAUCCACAACAAUGUACUAGGCAGUGACUCGGAAUUGUAUAGUGAGGAUUCCAGUGACAGAUCAGCUGAUUGGUAUAGUAGUGAAGAAUGGGACGGUAAAAUAAUAAACAAGAAUGGAAAAAAUAAACAGAAUAACAUUAAUAAGGCAGUAUUAAUAAGGCCGAGGGGUCAUUUCGGUGAUUCCGACAGUGAUUGGUAUAGCAGUGAAGAAUGGGACGACAAAAGGAUUAACACAAAUGGAAAUAAUAAAAACAAUAAUAAUAUCAAGGCGGGAGUAAAGGCGAGGGCUCAUUUUAGUGAUUCCGACAGUGAUUGGUAUAGCAGUACUAGUGAGGAAUGGGACGACAAAAUGAAUACCAAGAAAGGAAAUAAUAAAAACAAUAAUAAUAUCAAGGCGGAAGUAAAGAAGAGGGCUCAUUUUGGUGGGUCUGACAGUGACUGGUACAGCGACGAUUGGCACAGCGAUGACAGAGACGACAGAAAUGGUUGGGAAGGCAAAAAUGACGAUAACGGUGACGAUUGGUACAGCGAUGAUGAUAAUUCAUGGGAAAGUGAUAGUUCAGAACGAAAUUUUAAACGGAAAACUGCAAAUCCCACCAAAGUUCAGGGGAAUGGUAAAGUAGUAAUACCGAAAACGUCUCUUUCCGAGGGAUGGGAAGAUGAUUCAGAUAUGGAUGAUAGGUGGGAGGAUAAUGGAAGAGCAUCAAGCAUCGUUAGACGGUUAAAACAUCCAACAUUAAGAAGUCGUACUACAAAAAGACAACUAUCGUCUAGAGUUUUAGGUUUAGACAACGAUGACACAGAUGAAAAAUCCAUACCUGGAAUUAGGUUUUUAGGACGAAACGACGACUAGCCAAAUGUUUAGGUUACAAUUCCAUCGACCAUCCUGGUUGAAAUGAUAUUUGCAACCUCAUUUUAUUUUUCUGACUAAACAAAAGUGAGAGAUGAAUUAAAAUUAUUCCUAUCUUGGUGAUUUUACAAAAUGUCUCCAAGAAAAAAGAAUUGAUACGUGCGAUUUUCAUAUGAGAUUUUAUAUAUAUAUAUAUUUAUUACCGUGAUAUAUAGAUCAAACGAUCAUAAAAAUAUUGUAUGAAAUUUUCUUAUAUGAUAUUUGAUUGCAUCUUGAUUGUUUUCUUUCUAGAAAUUUUAACUGAAGUUUAACCGAUAGUGAUCGAACAUACCGGUCUUGUUUUACUAUAUCCACGAGAAGCUAUGAGAUACAAAAAUAGAAACAUGUAGUAAUGAAGGCGAAUGUGUUCUGUUAAGUCAGAAAAAAAAUAUA